AAAUAUGUCAAAAUGGCUUUCACACUGUUUGCGGUCGUGUUUACUUUACGAUUUUAACUCACAAAAUGGACAUUAAAUCUAAAUAGAGUGUUUAUUGGAGUGUUGAACUAGUUAUGUUACACAACAGUGGGCCUUACGGGCCGAACGAUGUACCUAUUAACAUGGGAAUGCCUGUGAAUAUGACUCAAAUGUCAAAUCCAAUGAAUUUAGGGCAUAACUUGGGUAACAUGCCCAAAAUGCCUCAACAAGCACCUGAAACUGCAGCUCCGGUCUACGAUAUACCGGAUUAUCGAUCAUUCGGUCACUCGCCUUUAAAUAUGGGGCAUCCCAUGAGCCCUUUCCCAAACUAUCAUCAAAUUAACUUUCAAACAAACUAUGUCCAUCCAAACCCUAAUUUACCACAUAAUACGACACCAAUCAGUCUUGAAAACAACAUUCUGCCCAUGAAUUUGAACACACACAGCGAACACGGGCCUAGUUUGAUGAAUUACCAUAAUUCAGAAAGCAGAAAAUUCGAUUUAAACAACUUGAAUUACAGAGAGAAACUCAGUCGGAAGGUACCAAUUAAUAUACCUCAAUUACAUCCUAAAGUCUUCCAAAAACAUCUAGGAAUGGAGUCAGAUCAUGAUCAGUAUAAUACAGUACAAGAAAAUCCAUUCUAUGGUCAUGAUUCAACAAAACCAGAAAAGUCUAUAAUUGACAGUAAUAGAAGAAAAAGCUUAGAGAAUACAGUGAAACUUAUUGAAGACAUACUUAUAAAUAGCACACCUAAAAAAUCAAAAAAUGUAAAUAAUGAAUCUAUUUUAAAUAAUGCAUUAAACAGAUCAAGUUUUGAUAUGCGAAACACGAAAUUACAUGGAUUGGAUAAUAGUGAAGAAUUACGAAGCACAAAUAUUAAUUUAAAUCAUAAAAUAAGCACACAUGAUACUAAUUCCAAUACCGAUUUGCUAAGAUCCCGAUUGGAACUCAAAGAUACGAAAUCAGAACAUGGUCUAAAUUUAAUCAGUAAAAGCUCCGCAAAAAAAUCUAUAGAUUUAAAUACAAAACUGCAAAAUCCGGAGGAAGAUCAUACUAAAACAAAGAAAACUGGUAUAAAUGAAUUGCCAGAUGAUUUAAGUAAAACAAACAAUGAAACGGAAAAUAAAAUACAGAGUGAAAUUCAUUGUGAACCUUUAAGACGGAGUCUUAUGAAUAAUAAUCAGAUGGAAAAAGAGGAAAGAUGGAGAGAGUCCAGUGAAUCUGAUUCAGAGAAAGAAGACUUAGUAGCAGAAGUUGACAUCAAGAAAGAGAUUAUUGAAGAUGUAGUCCAAGUAAAGGUGGAGCCUGUGGAAUGCAACGAAAGCGUGAGUCCACCGUUCCUCAAAGACAGUAACGCAAUACCGAGAGAUGUGUUAGACGCGGACGCUGUUAUCGUUGAAGAGAAUAACGUUGCAGUAGCAAAGGAAGCUGCGAGAAAGGGCUCAAAUCCAAAGACCUACUUCGAAUGUAACCACUGUAGCCUCCUCUUCAGACACCCGAAACGGUUCCUGAUCCACACGAAAUGGCACACAUUCGGAUUGACCAGCGAGACGCGGCACAGGAUGGAGAAGGAGAGAGAGCUCCAGAAGAGUAUGAAGAGAGAGGCUAGGAUUAUUGAAAGAAUGAAUGCCCAGGAAGUGAAAGAUGGGGCGGAGGGCGACGUGCACCCGUGUAAGGACUGCGACAAGGUGUUCUCAGUGAAGAACAGUCUCAAAAAUCAUCGGCAGAAAUACCACCCGACUAGAGUCCGCGAGUGCAAGAUCUGUCAGGCGUCGGUGACGGGGUGGAUGGCGCUGCGCGCGCACAUGGCGGCGCACGCGGCGGGCGCGGCGCCCGGCUUCGCGUGCGCCGACUGCCCCAAGCGGUUCAAGUACGCGCACUCUCUGGCCAAACACAGGGACACACACUUAGAAAAAACCCAAAGCUGCGAGCAAUGCUCAAAAAAAUUCGGGUCGCAGGCGUUAUUGAAGAUGCACAUGAAAUGUCACGAGCGGGCCGCCAGGGGCGCCACCUAUAGGUGCACUUACUGCGGGAAAGGGUUCUUCGAGAGCUACAACUUGCAGGUACACGAGAGGACACAUCGCAACGAACGGCCAUUCACGUGCGACAUCUGCAAGACCAGCUUCGGGACCAAUUCCAGUCUCAAGCGGCACCUCAAAGUUUCUCACAGCACCUCAAAACCCUACACCUGCGAAACAUGCCACCGCAGCUUCGCGUCUAGCACGACUCGCGCGCGGCACACGGCGCGCGCGCACGGCGACCCCUCCGCCUUCCCGCACAAGUGCGCGCUGUGCCCGAGGCAGUAUAGCGCGUUAAAGGAGCUACAGAGACAUAUAGGGAAGACGCAUAAGGAGGAAAGAGAUAGAGGAGAAAUAGGUUAAAAAAAAGCUAUUCUUACACUCGCUAUGUUAGUCAUUUUUUAGGUUUUCGGCCUAAAUGGCUGACAAAGAAUAUACGUUAUAUGUUUGCAAUAAAGUGGAUAAUCAGUUAACACCGUCAAAAGUGCAAGCUCUG